AACAAAAAAGAGAAAAACAAAACUGUUCAAUUGAUCCUGCAAUCCGAAAAGCCAUUGGUUAUGAAGCUCCCAAUCUCAGCGACCGUAUACGAGCUUAAGACUGAGCUCUAAAGUCUUCUCAAUAUUCAGCCGGGAACAUUGGAGAUUUCUGCUUCUGAUGUGACUUUGGCCGAUUCAGAUCUCAUAGCAGAAGUUGCUGCGUUGGGAGGGAAUAAAAGUGUGAGGCCGAUUAUGUCGUUCUACGACGGCAAUAAUUUUGUGGGCCAGAUUAUGGUUGAGCAUGUCUUGGUUGGUGGUCAGAGUUCAUCGGACUCUAGCUUUGAGACUAUCAUCGGACAGUAGCCAGCUCUCUCUGAGUGAGCUCUCCUCCGGAUCAAGCAAUCUCAAACGGGGACACAAACGAAAAGCCCAAGGGCAUGAAAAACCCAUAGAGACUAAACGGUUCAAAAAGGUUCUCGAAUCCAGUGAGGAGAGUGUACAAAUCUCCUCGUAUGGAGGUAUGGAGGAGGGAUACGGGUUGGGAGGCUGCCAAAUUAAAUCCAGACCAUGCUCGGUUAAAUCUGAGAUGGAGGUAGAACCGGAUGUUAUAAAUGGUCAGCGGCCCCCUUCAUAAACAUACUUCCAGAGUACUCCACUUCUCCGUCGUAAUAUCAGAGUUCUGCAGUUCCAGGAGCUUGAAAAUUCGAUGCAAACAAGGUUCGACCUUUGGCCACAUAACUCUGGCUAUGGAGAUAGAACCGGAUGAUAUAAAUGGUCAGCAGCCCCCUUACAUAAACAUACUUCCAGAGAACAGGCAGUUUGUUGUGGUGGUUUUGCGAUCUGUUAGAACAGUUCUUUGGGAUAUUUUUGGAUUUUGGAAACGUUCGCAGCUUAGACUUUAUUGAGGUCACUCCGGUGACUACAAUGGCCGGCUCUACAUCGCAGCGGCCAACGAAGACACCAGGGAAUGGGUGGCGAGUAACGUAUGUUCUAUGAGAACGUUAAUCUUACAAACUAUAAGACGUAAGGCCUCAUAGAACAUACAUUGCGCGCCACCCAUUCCAUUGUAUCUUUGUUGGCAGCUGCUAUAAAGACUCAAUAACCGGAUGUAG